UGGCUCCAGCACCAACUCGCGCGUGCCCCGGGCCUUGUUGCCCGCCAUGAACAUGGCCUCACGUGGUCCCUGCGCCUCGGCGCCCCCGGGCGCCUUUGGCGGCCCUAUGGCCUCGAUGCCGCAAGGUGGCUACGCGAUGGCUUCCAUGCCGCCGGGUGGCGGGCGACCCCCGCAGGGGCCGCAGUCGAUGUCCAUGCAGUCCCUCGCGGUGCCGAAUACUUCUGCUCGCACUCAGUCCCAGCCCCCCGCUUCGCAGAAUUCCGGGGAACAGCUGCAGCUCGCCCGGCAGGAGCUCACGGAAUGCCUGGACGUUGCGCUGGAGAAGCGGCGGGACCUAAUCCGGCAGAUGGACACGCUCCACAACCGCACGUCCAUGCCCGGCAACCAGGGUUUGGUGUCAGCCUACGACCAGCCUGAAAGCCAAGCCACGCGCCACCACCUCGAUGAGAUCGACUGGCGCGUGGCCCGAGUAAUGUACUGCUUGGACCCCAAAUACAACACCGUGGUGGACCCCGCCAGAGCCUACGAGAUCCAGCAGAAGAAGCUCGACGAUGGCCAAGCCAUCCAGAAGCAGCUCUGCAGCGAGUCCAUUGUCGAGUGGGAGGACCGCCUGCGCCCGGUGGGCCUCACAUUGCCGCUCCAGGAGCGCGUCGCGGGCGCCCGAGUGCCUUUCUAUGAGGCCAACCCCUCCUACUCAGAGGAGACCGAUGUUUGGGGCAGAACGCUGGGCCUGCGGACUCUACAGGAAGCGCUCCACGGGGACGUCUCGCAGCCUAUGCCCCGACCCGUGAUGUUCCCAGAGGAGUACCAGAACUUCAAGCAAGGCAGGUAUGUCCGGGACGAUUGCCCGAUCUCAUGAGAGAAAUUCGAGCCGCCGCGAUGCGCACGCGGCGCGCUGUUUGUGAAAAGUCGCCCGGCCUUUGCCAAGCAUCAGCUCACGGAGUCGGAGCCCCAGACCCUUCGGCCAAGAGCUC